AUUAAGGGUUUAUUUUAGACCUUUAUUUCCUUGUCUCGUUCCUUUGUUGCUAUGGUAACCUUCCACAUCCCCCAGAUUGCCCCUUCGACAGGCUGAUGGGUGGACCUUUUUCUAUUCCUCCACUAGGCUGGUGCACGUGCAGAGCUUUUUGCGGGUUGUUGUUUUUCGUUCCUUAUUUUGCUGUUGGUUGGAGCCGUGUGAAGGCUGGAGGCCGGACGCCAGCGAAUCGAUCCGGUCACAGAUGGAGACGUGUGAGUCGAGCCGGAGUGGUUCAGGCGUCCGAGUGUCACGUUUCUCUCAGCCCCCUUCAAGUGUGGUUUUUCCGAAGAAUUAAUUUGCACCCGAGAGUCUGCCUUGUUUUUCACAUAGUUAUCAUUAAAGCGCCGAGCGCAGUUGGUGACACUAUAUAGACGCUCUUAUCUUAAAAAAAGAAACUGUGCAAAGGCAGAAUCAAAAAGAGGAAGUGCUUCCUUCUUUGUCACAUCCUCUCAUUUGUGCUCGCCUCCCUUCUGGCCUUGCAACAUGUUAUUUUCUUUCAAGUAACGGACUGAAUCCGAUUUAAACCUUUUGCUGAGAUAACAGCGCAGCCCUUUACUUCUUACUUUGCUGUUUUGACAGUCUGGAAACAUCAGUUAAGGAACUCGUCUACCGAAGGUUCUGCAGACAGCUGUUGAAUAUCUCGUCUUGAGGAGGAGCGAUGGAGGCUGCCGUCUUUGAGUUUCCCAAAGAGGAAGACGCUGUGGACAUUGAGUCCUUUCAGGGAGAGACGCAGACGCUCAUUCAGCCAAAGUCUUUAAAAGACCCCAAACUAGAGAAACUAAAGGAGGUACUGGUUUAUUGGAUCAAUGGCACUUUGAAAUCGGAGCACAUAGUGGUUCAGAGUCUGGAGGAGGAUCUCUACGACGGACUGGUGCUUCAUCACCUGCUGUCUAAGUUGGCCGGUGUGCACGUGUCUGUGGAGGAGAUGGCACUGACCAGCGUUGCUCAGAUCCUCAAGCUGGGACUGAUCCUGGAGCAGUUGGACCAGAGACUCGGCCUGCAGGACAGCAGUCGGAUCAAGUGGAACGUCAAACUCAUCCACAACAAAGACCUUCUGGCCACUCUUCAUCUGCUCGUUGCCAUGGUGAGAGCGUUCCAGCCUGAACUGGAUCUGCCACAGAAUGUGACAGUUGAAGUUGUAGUUAUGCAAGUGAACAGAAGUGGAAUAAAAUCAGAUGUAAUGAUGGAGGUCCUGACCGACGAGAGGGACGCAGGCUCAGACUCCCAACGCGGGCCUGAACGGGACGAUCCCAUCGAGCGACUGCUGAGGCUGGAGGCUCACAAGGUCAACGCGGUGAAGAAGGCCAUUUUGCACUUUGUGAACCAGAAUAUGUCGUCCGUGGGUCUGGAGGUGACUGAUAUGGACAAACAGUUUGCUGACGGUGUGAUUCUGCUGCUGCUGAUUGGACAGCUGGAAGGCUUCUUCGUGCCACUGUCUGACUUCAACCUGACCCCCGUCACUCAUUCUGAGAUGCUACACAAUGUGACCUUGGCCUUGGAUCUCCUCAAUGACUCAGGCCUUCAGAUGUCCCGUGUUGAUCCACAAGAUAUUGUCUCCCUGGACGCCACCGCGACCUUGAAGGUCCUGUACGCUCUGUUCAUGAAGCACAAAAGGAAAUGAGAAAAGGAAGAGGAGCUGAACAAAGAGGAAUACAAAGAAAGCAGACGAAAAGUGAAGCAUUGGACCAGCUUGUGGUUUCUUCUGUCUCUAAACUGUUACAAAUAUUCUAUCUCUUGCUUUUGUUCCCCCGCAGUGUGACGAACAAGUCAUUUUUAAUUCUUGCUAUUGAAAACCAUUGUCCUUAACUGCCACUUCUCAAUAAACAGUGUGAAUUGA